UCGGCGCGGGCGACCGGGCCGCGAGCGCCAUGGCGGAGGAGGUGAGCUCCUUGAUGAAGGCCACGGUCCUGAUGCGGCAGCCCCGCCGGGUGCAGGAGAUCGUGGGCGCCCUCCGCCGGGGCGGGGGCGACCGCUUGCAGGUCAUUUCUGAUUUUGACAUGACCUUGAGCAGGUUUGCAUAUAAUGGGAAGCGUUGCCCUACUUCUUACAAUAUUCUGGAUAACAGCAAGAUCAUCAGUGAGGAGUGCCGGAAGGAGCUCAACGCUCUGCUUCACCACUACUACCCGAUUGAGAUUGACCCAAACCAGACCAUCAAAGAGAAGCUGCCUCACAUGGUGGAAUGGUGGACCAAAGCGCACAAUCUCCUGUGUCAGCAGAAGAUUCAAAAGCACCAGAUCGCCCAGGUGGUCCAAGAGUCCAGCGCGAUGCUCCGGGAGGGGUACAAGACGUUCUUCAACACCCUCCACCAGAAUGGCAUCCCCCUCUUCAUCUUCUCCGCGGGCAUUGGCGACAUCCUGGAGGAGAUCAUCCGGCAGAUGAACGUCUUCCACCCCAACACCCGCAUCGUAUCCAACUACAUGGACUUUGAUGAAGAUGGUUUCCUGCAGGGAUUCAGGGGCCAACUCAUACAUACGUACAACAAGAACGCCUCCGUGUGUGAGAACUCCAGUUACUUCCAGCAGCUUCAGGGCAAAACCAAUGUCCUCCUACUGGGAGACUCCAUGGGGGACCUCACGAUGGCUGAUGGGAUUCCUGGUGUGGAGAACAUUCUCAAGAUUGGCUUCCUGAAUGACAAGGUGGAAGAGAGUCGCCAGCUGUACCUGGACUCCUAUGACAUUGUGCUGAUGAAGGACGAGACUCUGGACGUGGUCAACGAGCUGCUGCAGCAUAUCCUGCACCAGGGGGACCCGAUGGACAUUCAGGGCUCCUGAGCUGCGGGGCUAGGCCCUUCAGGGUGUGGUGAAGAGGGAGGCUCCCCCGUGUGAGCUGAGUCCUUAGUGGCUGAGCUGCUGGCCCAUGCCCCUCUCCCCACACCCCGCCCUUCCCUAUGUUCCCCGGAGGUGGGGGCGCACCUGGUGGGAGGGCAGAACAGCUGCUCCUGGUGAGCACAUCUGCAGGUGCUGGCACUCUAGGGAUUGUCUGGCUCAGAGGUUCUUUUUUUGAAAAUUUUAAAAACGGACUGGAAAGCUGUUCCAACAAAUCCAAUGUGUGAAAAAGAUCAAAAUAAAAAAAGAAAAA